AUGAGGAAUAAACAAGAAGAGCUAGAAGCUUUGGCCCAGUCCCAGAACUAUGGCAUCAUCAGCCAUAAGCAAAAUCUGACAUUGACUGGGAAUAUCAUACAUUUUGACUUCCCAGACAUUGACUGGGAAUAUCAUACAGUAGACAUAAACAGGUCCAGGAAAUUUCUGCAGCACAUUGAAGAUAACUUCUUGGUGCAGGCAACAUGGGAGGACUACAGAGAUGCUAUUUGCCAGUGUAGGGAGAAAAUUCGUGUGGCCAAAGCUCAACUAGAGUUCAAGCUGGCCGGCACUGUGAAGGACAACAAAAAAAGUUUUUUAAAACAUGUUAAUAGCAAAAGAAGGAUCAGAGAUGACAUUGGUCCGUUGCUUGACGAGGUCAGUCACCUCACAAAUAGGGACAUAGACAAAAGAGACAUGUUUAAUGCCUUCUUCACCUCUGUCUUUAAUACUGAUGAUAGCCCUGAGACCUGGAGGCCUGUGUUGGAAGACUGUGGCUGGAGGGACGAUAAGCUCACAACCGACUCUGAACUUGUUCAAGACUUGCUGCUCCAGCUGGAUGCACAUAAGUCUAUAGGGCCUGAUGAGAUUCAUUCCAGGGUACUGAAAGAGCUGGUUGAUGUCAUCGCAGGACCUCUCAUUAUUUUUCAAUGGUCUUGGGAAUCUGCAGAGGUUCGAGUUGACUGGAAGCUGGCAAAUGUUGCCCCAGUUUUGAAGCAGGGUAAGGAGGAACACUCUGGUAAUUACAGGCCCGUCAGUCUCACUUCAGUGCCUGGUAAAAUUAUGGAGAAGGUUAUUCUGGGAGUUACUGAGAACGCCUUGACAGUCAAUGCAUUCACUGGUCAUAGCCAGAACAUGUUCAUGAGGGGUAAGUCCUGCUUAACCAACUUAAUUACCUUUUAUGACAUUGUCACCGAUCUAGUUGACCAAGGGAAGCCAGUAGAUGUGGUGGUUUCGGAUUUUAACAAAGCUUUUGAUACUGUCUCUCACAGUAUCCUUCUGGACAAAAGGUCCAGCAUAGAACUAGACAAGUCCAUAAUAGGUUUGGUGAGCAAUUGGCUGACGGAUCAGGUUCAAAGAGUUACAGUAAAUGGGGUUACAUCCAGCUGGUUGCCAGUUACCAGUGCGGUUCUCCCGAGUUCAAUUUUAGGACCAGUGCUCUUUAAUGUUUUUAUAAAUGAUCUGGACAUAGGAAUUGAAUGUACAUUAAGUAAGUUUGCUGAUGAUACUAAACUAGGAGGAGCUGUGGACUCCCUUGAAGCCAGAGAGGCCUUACUGAGAGAUCUGGAUAGACUAGAGAGCUGGACAAUUACCAACCAUAUUAAAUUUAAAAAGAGCAAGUGCUGGAUUGUCCACCUAGGAUGGGAUAAUCCUGCUUAUACAUACCAACUGGGCAACAAGAGGCUGGAGAGUAGCCCCAUGGAGAGAGAUCUGUGGGUUUGGGUUGAUGGCAAGUUGAAUAUGAGUCAAGAGUGUGCCUUGGCAGCCAAAAGGGCCAACUGUGUCCUGGAGUUCAUCAAGCACAGCAUAGCUAGCCUGUUGAGGGAGGUGACUGUCCCACUCUACACUGCACUGGUGCAGUCCCACCUCGAGGACUGUGUGAAGCUUUGGGCACCUCAAUAUAAGAAGGACAUCAGACUAUUAGAGUAUGUCCAGAGGAGGGCAACAAAGAUGGUGAGAGGUCUCGAGGGACAUACUUAUGAGGAGUAG